AAAUACGUCAGACAUAAAGCGGAAGUGAAGUGCAGUGUUCGGUUUGUGUAGUGGAGGUUUUCUGUUAAAUUACGUGGUGAAAAUGCCAGAGUUAGCGGUGGAAAAUGUGGUUGUACACCCGCUUGUGCUGCUCAGCGUGGUUGAUCAUUUUAACAGGAUAGGAAAAGUUGGAAAUCAGAAACGAGUGGUUGGUGUCCUUCUCGGGUCUUGGCAGAAAAAGGUUCUCGAUGUUUCAAACAGUUUUGCAGUGCCAUUCGAUGAGGAUGACAAAGAUGACUCUGUGUGGUUCCUGGAUCAUGACUAUUUGGAGAACAUGUAUGGCAUGUUUAAGAAAGUCAAUGCUAGAGAAAGAAUAGUGGGCUGGUACCACACAGGACCCAAGCUUCACAAGAAUGACAUUGCCAUCAAUGAGCUCAUCAAGCGCUACUGUAACAACUCGGUGUUGGUUAUUAUAGACGUGAAGCCCAAAGAUCUCGGUUUACCUACAGAGGCAUACAUCUCCGUGGAAGAAAUACACGAUGAUGGAACUCCAACAUCCAAGACCUUUGAGCACGUCACCAGUGAGAUUGGAGCUGAAGAAGCAGAGGAGGUUGGAGUAGAGCACCUGCUCAGAGACAUUAAGGAUACCACUGUUGGCACACUGUCGCAGCGCAUCACAAACCAGGUUCAUGGCCUAAAGGGCCUGAACUCAAAGUUGCUGGAUAUUCGCUCGUACCUGGAGAGGGUGGCAGCAGGCAAACUCCCCAUCAACCACCAGAUCAUCUAUCAGCUGCAGGAUGUGUUCAACCUGCUGCCGGAUGUAAAUCUGCUGGAGUUCACCAAAGCCUUCUAUUUGAAGACGAAUGACCAAAUGCUGGUGGUGUACCUGGCCUCGCUCAUUCGCUCCGUGGUGGCUCUGCACAAUCUGAUCAACAACAAGAUUUCCAACCGAGACGCAGAAAAGAAGGAAGGACAAGAGAAGGACGACGGCAAAAAAGAGAAGAAGGAUGAGAAAGAAAAGAAAGACGAGAAAGACAAAGCCGACGGCGCCAAAAAAGACGAGAAGAAGAAGAAGUGAGAUCUCCUCCUCCUCUGUGGUCCUUUCUCAGAUUGUACCAUCUCCAUCUGGAUGGUGCUCCACUUUCUGUCCACAGAAUGUGGGUCUCUGUCUAUAAGUAGACCUGCAUUCAGGGAGUUGAUAUUUGAGAUUGGACCACAUGGUAACUGAUGGCCCUCGUGGACUGUUAUCUCAUAGAGAGAAUGAUGGCUGUUCUCGAGUAUUCUGGACUGUGGGAACAUGUUUUUGCUGUUUUUCAUAGUUGCCAUGCUCCUGGUGUUACCAGACACCCUGAUGCUCUUUUUUUGUAAAAUGGGAGUAAAAUGUUUCCGUAUUACUCAUUAAACUAUGAUCACAUUAAAAAGCUGGUUUGUUUUUGCAGUUUC